AUGAACCGAUACACAACCAUGAGACAGCUGGGGGACGGCACUUAUGGGAGUGUGCUGAUGGGCAAGAGUAUCGAAUCAGGGGAGCUGGUGGCCAUCAAAAGAAUGAAGAGAAAGUUCUAUUCUUGGGACGAAUGUAUGAACUUGAGAGAAGUUAAGUCUCUGAAGAAACUUAAUCAUGCCAACGUGAUUAAACUGAAAGAAGUUAUCAGAGAAAAUGACCAUCUUUAUUUUAUAUUUGAAUAUAUGAAAGAAAACCUCUAUCAAUUAAUGAAAGACAGAAACAAGUUGUUCCCUGAGUCAGUCAUCAGAAAUAUUAUGUAUCAAAUAUUGCAAGGGCUGGCAUUUAUCCAUAAACAUGGCUUUUUUCAUAGGGAUAUGAAGCCAGAAAACUUGCUUUGUAUGGGCCCAGAACUUGUGAAAAUUGCUGACUUUGGACUUGCAAGAGAAUUAAGGUCACAGCCACCGUAUACUGAUUAUGUAUCCACCAGAUGGUAUCGUGCUCCUGAAGUUUUAUUAAGAUCUUCAGUUUAUAGCUCUCCCAUUGACAUGUGGGCUGUUGGGAGUAUAAUGGCUGAACUAUACACGUUAAGACCACUUUUCCCAGGGACAAGUGAGGUCGAUGAAAUCUUUAAGAUUUGCCAAGUUUUAGGGACUCCCAAAAAAAGUGACUGGCCGGAAGGGUACCAGCUUGCAUCCUCUAUGAAUUUCCGCUUUCCCCAGUGUGUUCCUAUAAACUUAAAAACUCUUAUUCCCAAUGCCAGUAGUGAAGCUAUUCAGCUUAUGACUGAAAUGUUGAGUUGGAAUCCAAAGAAACGACCAGCAGCAAGCCAGGCACUGAAACACCCAUAUUUUCAAGUUGGUCAAGUAUUAGGCCCUCCCUCACAUCAUCUGGAAUCGAAACAGCCUUUAAACAAGCAUGUGCAAUCACUAGAGUCCAAGCCACCUGUAGUUGAUCUAGAACCUAAGCCUCUGCCGGACAUAAGUGACCAGACUGCCGGACAGCCCCAGCCGAAAAACAGCCACCAGCCACUGCAGUCCAUCCAGCCGCCACAGAACACAGGUGUCCAGCAAGUGCCCAAGCAGAAGAAUCAACAGAAACACCCGCCAACACUAUUUCCAAGUAUCGUCAGAAACGUGCCACCCAAGCCAAAUGGCACUCUGGGCCAUAAAGGUGCCAGGAGGCGUUGGGGUCAGGCUGUGUUCAAGGCUGAAGACGGUUGGGAAGAGUUUGAGGACUGUGACUUCGGGGUCUCCCAUUCCAAGAAGCCAAGCAUGAGUGUUUUCAAAGAAACGAGGAAAACAGAUUCUCCAUUUCGGCUUCCAGAGUCAGUACCUGCAGGCCCCAACUACUCAACAGGGGAAAACAAGAACUUACCUGCUGCUAUUUCCCUAAAAUCUGAUCCUGAACUGUCAACUGCUUCAACAGCUAAACAGUACUAUUUGAAACAAUCAAGAUACCUUCCAGGUGUAAACCCCAAGAACGUGUCCUUGAUAGCCAGUGGAAAGGAUACAAACCCAUAUACCUGGAAUAGCCAGUUAUUUCCUAAGUCGUUGGGACCCACGGGGGCAGAACUUGCUUUCAAAAGGAGUAAUGCAGAAGAAAGCAUAAUUAAACCAAUUGAAAAACUAUCAUGCAAUGAAAGUUUUCCUGAAAAAUUACAGGACUCACAAGGAAAUCUCAGAAGUUAUGCUACUUACAAUCAGUCAGGAUAUAUUCCUUCCUUUCUCAAAAAAGAAGUGGGGUCAGCUGGCCAGAGGAUACACUUAGCGCCACUCGGUGCGACAGCUUCAGAAUAUCCCUGGAACACAAAAACUGGUCGGGGGCAGUUUUCAGGACCUACUUAUAAUCCUACAGCCAAGAAUCUAAAUAUUGUGAACCGCGCGCAGCCAGUCUCCUCCGUGCACGGGAGGACAGACUGGGUGGCCAAGUACGGAGGCCACCGAUAG